ACCACCCAUCACCCGGUGUUGGCAGGAAAUGGUAACAGCGUCUUCAUCUCAUCUCUUUUUGCACUCAAACUAAUUACUUACUUACUUACUUUUAAAAUCAGCUUUUCAGCUUUUUACAUUUAAAACAUGAACCUAGAAAUAAAGCCGGAAGUUAGCAACACGCAGGACAAAAUGUGCCAAUUCCAAAAGGUGAGAAUGUUGAUGGAGCAGCAACUAAAUGUUACUGUUGAAGAAAUAUUUGGAGUGUUGGAAAGAACCAUAGCAGAGUACGAGGAGGAACUUUCUAGGACAAAGAAGGAGAACAAACGUCUACAAGAACUACUGGAUGCUGUUUUCAAACCUCAAGUUGUGCUACACAGAGCAGACGUCUGUGAAGAACAUCUUCUCUCUGAGCAACAGGAGUGGAGCUUCAGGAUGGUGAAGGAGGAGCCUCAGCCCUCUUACUUGAGAGAGGAAGACAAGAACCCACUCUUCCUCCAUUUUAAAGAGGAAGAGAAUGUGCCAGAGACCUCACACUUCAUAAAGAAAUCGAAGGAUCUACUGACCCCCAACAUUAAACGGAACACGGAGGAACCUCUGACCCCCCACUUUAAAAAGGAAGAGGAGGUGCCACAGACCUCCCUUAUUAAAGAACAAGAGGAGGAACACAGCGUUAGUCAGGAGGGAGAGCAUAUUGAAAGACUGAUGUUUCCAGUGGCUGGUGUCCCUGUGAAGAGUGAAGAUGAUGAGGUCAAGGGUGAAAGUGAGGAGAAGAGAGAGGCGGAGCCUCCAAGCAGCAGCUCAACACAACACAUGACAACAGAAGCUGAUGGAGACCACUGUGGAGGAUCACAAGCAGACAAGCUCUUAGCUCCACUAUCAGAUAGUGAGGACACAACGUCACACUCUCCUGACACUGAUGAUGAAGACUCUAAAGAUGAUAAGACAUGUCACACUGACAACACUCACUUGAAAUGUUCUCACUGUGACAAAACUUUUAAAUACCAUUGUCGUCUGAAAGCACACAUGAGAAUACACACCGGAGAAAAACAUUAUAUCUGUUCAAUCUGUAGUAAAGGUUUUGCGCAAAGUAACAAUUUGAAAGUACACAUGAGAACACACACUGGUGAAAAACCUUUUACCUGUUUAGUCUGUGGUAAAGGUUUUACAGAAAGUCAAAAUUUAAAAAAACACACGAGAACACACACUGGUGAAAAACCUUUUACCUGUUUAGUCUGUGGUAAAGGUUUUACAGAAAGUCAAAAUUUAAAAAAACACACGAGAACACACACUGGUGAAAAACCUUUUACCUGUUUAGUCUGUGGUAAAGGUUUUACAGAAAGUCACAAUUUAAAAAAACACACGAGAACACACACUGGUGAAAAAUCACAUUCCUGUUCAAUCUGCAACAGAAGCUUUUGUGAGCGAUCAGAUCUUGUAAGACACAUGAGAACACACACAGGAGAGAAAGUGUGGAGUUGCAGUGUGUGUGGUGAAAGAUUCUCUUAUAAGUACCAGUGUAAGAAACACAAGUGUGCUGGUGAGAACAGCAGCAGCAAAUGAAACUGCAGGAUUUGAAAUAAACUGUCAAGACUUUAAUUUUGACUUUCUAACAACAUCAGCACAUAUAACAUGUUUGUUGUUUCUGUAACAAUCUUUUAAUAUGCUUCUAAAUUUAUAGUUUUUUAGUAAAGUACAUGCAUUGAUAUGCAACAUUGUGUACUUUUAUUUUGACAAACUAUUACAAGAAGAAUAAUUUUACUAAAAAGGUCAGUAAAUCCAAAACAGUACAAAACAUGUGAUACAUUUAAUUAACAUUUAGUGUGUAUAAAUUUUGUACAAGAUUAUUUACUUUUAAAAUGUUUCACUUUAUGAAUCAUUUGUUAGGUCUCCAUAAUCCAUUCUAUUAUCUUGUUUACUCUUUUGUAGUAUAAAUAUUGUGUUGUGUUUGUUUUAUGUGCAUGUGCCCAGAUCUUUUUGCAAUAUACGGAUGAGAGAAGAUGGCAUAAAUAUUUGUGGAAGGUUAUGAAGGACGUUUUGUUUAUAAGAAUCUACAUUUGUGAAUAAAAAAAAUA